AUGGACCCUUCGACAAUAGACCGACUCAAAUCUCAUGUAACCUCCUUCACGUCAUUAUCUCAAGAUUCCGACACAAUUACAAAAUACUUUGACAGUUUCGGCGACUGCAAAGUCUUACUCAUCGGCGAUGCCUCCCAUGGCACAUCUGAGUUCUACUCUGUUCGUGCCGAAAUCACAAAGUACAUGAUCGAGAACCACGGCUUCAAUAUCGUUGCAGUUGAAGCAGAUUGGCCUGGCGCCGAGCUUGUAGACAGAUAUGUCAGACAUCGGCCAGGUCCAGGACAGGGCACAGCGGAAACAAUCCAGAUGGCAGAAAAGGAAAACCGAGAGUCACCAUUCUUGCGCUUUCCAACCUGGAUGUGGCGCAAUAUGGAGGUUCACGAUUUUGUUGAAUGGAUGCGUUCUUAUAAUUCUGGCCGGGAAGCCAAAGAAGCCGCUGGUUUCUAUGGGUUGGAUCUUUACUCGAUGGGAACGUCGAUGAAAGCAGUUGUCGAGUAUCUGGAUACGGUUGAUAAGGACAUGGCAAAGGUCGCAAGGGAACGAUACAUCAAGCUGAUGGACUGGUCUGAAGAUCCACAUGAAUAUGGCUUGGAAUCGUUGGGAACAUCUUUCAAGGGUUAUGAAGAUGAUGUUGUCGCAAUGCUCAAAGACCUCUUGAAAAAGCGUAUGGAAUACUCUGCGGCACUUCACGACGGUAUCGAGUUUCACAGUGGGGAGCAGAAUGCCAGAGUUGUCAAAGAUGCCGAGCAGUAUUACAAGUCCAUGUACCGCGGACGAGACGAAUCUUGGAAUCUCCGAGAUACACACAUGUUUGACACUCUCAAGAGAGUCCUCGAGCAUCGCGGAGAGAAUUCUAAAGCCAUCGUAUGGGCACACAACAGCCAUGUAGGCGAUGCUCGUGCUACUAGCAUGAGCUGGGCAAGUGGCGAACUCAAUAUCGGGGAGCUUUGCAAGAAGACAUUUGGAGAUGACGCUCUUACCAUUGGCACAGGUACAAAUACGGGUACAGUUGCCGCAGCUCAGGACUGGGACGGUGACAUGAACAUCAUGAACGUUCGACCAGGGCUCUCGGGUAGUUACGAAGAGCUUAUGCAUGCUACGGGUGUCAGCAACUUUGUUCUGGACCUACGGAAAGGCAGAUGCGAUGAGAAACUUCGGGAGGCGUUGUGCGAGCAGCGCCUAGAGAGGUUUAUCGGCGUGAUAUAUAAGCCAGAGAAUGAGAAGGCUUCUCAUUACUCGUAUGCUAUCCUGCCGGAGCAGUUUGAUGGGUACAUUUGGUUUGACGAGUCCAAGCAUGUGGGAACACUAGAGGUUCAUCAACCACAGUCGCCGAGGGAGUACCAUGAAACAUGGCCAUUUGGGCUAUAG